GCACUCAAUAUCCUAUGCUCCUUUUUUUAGGGAAGGCCUUUGAUAUCACUUAUGUGCGUCUGAAAUUCCACACAAGUCGGCCGGAGAGCUUUGUUUUAUACAAGAGAACGCGAGAAGAUGGCCCUUGGAUUCCCUACCAGUAUUACAGCGGCUCCUGCGAGAACACCUACCAAAAACUCAACCGAGGCUUCAUCCGUACUGGAGAGGAUGAACAGCAGGCACUGUGCACCGAUGAAUUCAGUGACAUUUCACCACUGACCGGAGGCAAUGUGGCUUUCUCUACUCUAGAGGGCCGACCGAGUGCUUAUAACUUUGACAACAGCCCUGUAUUGCAGGAUUGGGUAACAGCCACAGACAUCCGUGUAACUCUGAACAGGCUCAAUACAUUUGGAGAUGAGGUGUUCAGUGAUCCCAAGGUGCUGAAAUCCUAUUACUAUGCCAUCUCUGACUUUGCAGUAGGAGGCAGGUGCAAGUGUAACGGACAUGCCAGCGAAUGUGUUCACAAUGAAUUUAGCAAGCUGGUUUGCAAUUGCAAACACAACACAUUCGGUUUCGAUUGUGAAAAAUGUUUACCCUUCUUUAACGACCGACCCUGGAGGAGGGCAACCGCUGACAGCGCCAACGAGUGUCUCCCCUGUAAUUGUAAUGGUCGCUCCCAGGAAUGUUACUUUGACCCAGAGUUGUACCGUUCUACCGGCCAUGGUGGCCAUUGUAGUGGCUGCUCAGGCAAUACAGAUGGUCCAAACUGCGAGCGUUGCAGAGAGAACUACUAUCGGCAGAAUGACGACGAGCCUUGCCUGGCCUGUAACUGCAACCCUGUUGGCUCUCUCAGUACCCAGUGUGAUAACCAUGGACGGUGUAGCUGUAAGCCUGGGGUGAUGGGUGAGAAGUGUGAUCGAUGCCAACCUGGUUUUCAUUCACUCACUGAGGCUGGAUGCAGACCAUGUGCUUGUAACCCUGCUGGAAGUACGGAUGAAUGCAAUGUGGAGACCGGACGCUGCAGCUGUAAAGAUAAUGUAGAGGGCUUCAACUGUGAAAGGUGUAAGCCAGGAUUCUUCCACAUGGAUCCAGCAAAUACUCGAGGCUGUACCCCAUGUUUCUGCUAUGGCCACUCUUCUGUCUGCAGCAGCGCAGAAGGCUUCACAGUCUCCACUAUCACAUCCACGUUUGAGAUCGAUGCAGACGGCUGGGUGGCACAACAGAGGGAUGGUGGUGAAUAUCUUCUCACCUGGGUUUCUGAAUCCAGCUCGCUGUCCGUUACUUCAGAGAGCUACUUCCCCAUCUACUUCAUUGCUCCUUCCAAGUUCCUUGGCAAGCAAGGCCUAAGUUAUGGGCAGAAUCUAACGUUCAGUUUCCGUGUGGAGCGGAGAGAUACUCGGCUGUCUGCGGAGGAUCUUGUACUGGAAGGUGCCGGUCUCAGGGUCUCUGUACCCCUCAUUGCCCAGGGCAACUCCUAUCCCAGUGAAACCUCCCUGCAAUAUGUUUUCAGGUUACAUGAGGCUACAGAUUAUCCAUGGAGGCCAUCUGUAUCACCAUUUGAGUUCCAGAAAAUGCUGCAAAAUCUGACUGCCAUCAAAAUCCGAGGAACAUACAGUGAAAGAAGUGCUGGUUUUCUGGAGGAGGUUUCCUUAGUAACUGCACAGCGUGGUUCUGGCGAUCCGGCACCUUGGGUGGAGGUUUGCAGCUGUCCUGUUGGAUAUAUCGGACAGUUCUGUGAAAGCUGUGCUCCUGGCUACCGGCGAGAGAACCCCAACCUGGGUCCUUACAGUCCCUGUGUGCUUUGUACAUGUAAUAGCCACAGCGACACUUGUGACCCUGAGACAGGUGUGUGUAACUGCCAACAUAAUACAGCAGGUACACACUGUGAGAAGUGCAUUGAAGGUUUCUAUGGUGACAGUACUGUCGGAUCCAGCUCUGACUGCCAACCAUGUCCCUGUCCUGGAGGAUCCAGCUGUGCGGUUGUACCCCGCACCAAGGAGGUAGUUUGUACCAACUGUCCUUUAGGAACAACCGGUAAAAGGUGUGAGCUUUGUGACGAUGGGUAUUUUGGGGACCCGCAGGGCGAGAAUGGAGCACCCCGGCCUUGCCGUGCCUGUGAAUGUAACAGUAAUAUCGAUCCAAAUGCUGUGGGAAACUGCGAUCGAUUGACUGGAGAAUGUCUGAAAUGUAUAUACAACACAGCUGGAUUCUACUGUGAUCGCUGCAGGGAUGGGUUUUAUGGCAACCCAUUAGGACCAACCCCAGACCAGAAAUGCAAAGCCUGCAGCUGUAAUUCCUUUGGCACAGUAAAGAGCCAGAAUACAUGUAACCAGGUGACUGGCCAGUGUGAAUGCCUCCCAUAUGUAAUGGAAAGAGACUGUUCAGCCUGUGAGCCCGGAUACUACAACCUCCAAAGCGGUCGUGGCUGUGAGAAAUGUGAGUGCCAUCCCCUGGGAUCUACAAAUGGCCAAUGUGACAUUCAUACUGGGCAGUGUGAGUGCCAGCCUGGCAUCAGUGGAAAACGCUGUCAGCAAUGCGAACCCAACCAUUUUGGCUUUGGACCAGAAGGGUGUAAACCAUGUGACUGUGACCCAGAGGGCUCCUUCUCGCUGCAGUGCAAAGAGGAUGGGCGAUGCGAGUGCAAGGAUGGCUUCGUAGGACUCCGCUGUGAUCAAUGCGAGGAGAAUUACUUCUACAAUCGCUCAGGCCCUGGCUGUCAAGAGUGUCCUGCCUGCUAUCGCUUGGUUAAAGACAAGGUGAUAGAUCAAAGAGAGAAACUGCAAGAACUGGAGGAGCUUCUGAAGAACUUGGGAACUGGAGAUGAAACCGUCACUGAUCAGGGCUUUGAGGAGCGACUUAGAGAGGCUGAAAAGGCAGUCAGUGACCUCCUUAUUGAUGCCCAAGGCAGCAAAAAUGUGGAUCAGGGAAUGCUGGACCGCCUGGGAGAGAUAAAUGCCACACUAAGUUCUCAGCUGGGACGUCUGCAAAACAUCAGAGAUAUGAUCCGCGACACUGACAAACAGGCGCAGGAAGCCCGAGAUCGUGUGGAGAGCACUGAGCUCAUCAUUGACUCUGCAAGACUUCAGCUGGAGAAAGCCAAGUUGGCCAUUGCUAAUGUGUCUAUCACUCCACCAGAGACAACGGGUGAUCCUAAUAAUAUGACAUUGCUGGCAGAGGAAGCAAGGAAACUGGCUGAAAGGCACACACAGGAAGCACGGGAGAUUGAAAAGGCUGCUAAGGAAGCCAAUGACACAGCAAAUGAAGCUUACCGUCUGUUACUGAAGACACUGGCUGCAGAGAAUCAGACUGCAGCUGAUAUUGAAGACCUGAAUAAGAAGUACAAUCAGGCUAAGGAUCUGGCCAGGGAAUUGGAGAAACAGGCCACAAAAGUACAUGCAGAGGCUGAAGAAGCAGGGAAUCGGGCACUGCAGAUCUAUGCUAACCUCACUAGUAUUCCUCCAAUCGAUACCACGGGAUUGCAGAAUGAGGCUGGAAAAAUUCAGAAGGAGGCUGAAGAACUGGAUAUGCUUAUUGAUAGGAAAUUGAAAGAUUAUGAAGAUCUGCGUGAUGACAUGAGAGGUCGGGAGGCAGAAGUCAAACGUUUGCUUGACAAAGGCAGAAGUGAACAGCAGACUGCUGAUCAGUUACUUGCUCGAGCAGAUGCUGCAAAAGCCCAAGCUGAGGAGGCAGCAAAGAAGGGUCGCACCACACUGCAAGAGGCCAACGACAUACUGAACAACUUGAGAGACUUUGACAAGCGAGUGAAUGACAAUAAAACAGCAGCCGAAGCAGCUCUGCGGAGGAUCCCUGCCAUCAACCAGAUCAUCGCUGAAGCCAACAAUAAGACACGCCAAGCUGAAAGCGCACUAGGCAAUGCCAAUGCUGAUGCCAGAGGAGCAAAGAGCAAAGCAGAGGAGGCUGAGAAGAGAUAGCAAAUGCUGUCCAAAAGAAUGCCGCUGCAGCCAAAGCAGAUGCUGACAAAACAUACAAGGAUGUGACGAAUUUGGAUGGAGAGCUACAGGACAUGUUGCGUCAAUUGCAAGAUGCUGAGAACCAGCUGAAGAAGAAGCAAUCUGACGCAGACAAUGACAUGAUGAUGGCUAAUAUGGCCACUGACGCUGCAGAGGAAGCCGAACAAAAUGCCAGGAAAGCAAAACAGUCGGUCAACAGCGUCCUCACAACAAUCAAUGAUCUGCUCAACCAGCUUGGUAAGCUGGAUUCUGUGGAUGUAACAAAGCUUAAUGAGCUGGAAAGGACAUUGGAGGAUGCCAAGUCCCAGCUCCGUGACAGCGAUCUAGACCGCAAGGUGGCACAGCUGGAGGAGUCGGCACGGCUGCAGGAUGCAGCACUACUUUCCUAUCAACAAGAUAUUGAGCAGAUUAUUAAAGACAUCAAUAACCUUGAGGACAUUAAAAACACACUGCCUCCUGGCUGCUACAACACUCCCAUCAUCGAGAAGCCCUAA